AUGCCUGGUACGUUUGACCAGAUCGGAAUCUGGCUCCUAACUGGCUUUCUAGCCAUUCUUACAAUCUUUUUCAAUAUCUAUAUCUUAUUGGUGAACCAGCGAAACUGCAGAAAGAACCACUUACAUCUAUGCCCUGGUGACACUAUAAUGACUGGUAUAUCCAUGGCUAGUAUCAGUCAUCAAGUUGUCUCUUACUUGUGGAUGACAAUGGUUCAGGUGGACAUAAAUUGUAUGUAUGACACUGUGGAAGCAAUUCUAUUGAUGUUAAUUUUCUCCCUGAAAUUCUCAAUAAUGUGGACCACUGCUUUCCUUACUUUCUUUUAUAGCACCAAGCUUGUCAUCAAGCCUAUCCACUGUUACACACGCAUUCAGGAAGCUAUUCUAAAGCAUGUUCUUACUGUGGUGAUUGUUAUUUUUGUGUGUGGCUUUACCAAUUGUCUGCCACUUUUAACUACUGUGACAUUUUACAACAGCAGUGCUGGAAUUAUAGAAUGUGGUUUAAUCAUACCAGAUGGGGCUGUGGGAUUUGGUUACUUUAUUUAUCUUGCAGUCAGUGCAGAUAUUGUUCCAGGUAUACUGAUGAUCAAAUGUAGUAUCUCCAUCUCGUAUCAUCUGUCUAUCCAUCUACGCCACAUGAAGGAAAGCACCAAUGGCACCCAUGCUCCCAAGUUAGGUACUCAGAUGAGGGUGAUCAGGAUGAACCUUACCUUGGUGGUGGUGUUCCUUUGUUUUCUUGUUGUAGAUCUUUUUACUCAGUCCACAGUAGUCGUAAAAAAGGAAAACACCAUGGGCUUAUCCAUUCUUUUCACUACAAUUUACACAUCAGUUAGUGGAUUUGUGCUGAUCUAUGGAAAGAAAAGCUUCUGGAAAGAGUUUCUUCACUGGUAUAACAUCUUUUUAGAUGAGUACUCUUGUUUAAGAUGUAUGAAAGUACCAGAAAGUAAGAUUGUGACACACACUGCUCCAAAGCACUGA